AUGGGUAAAGUUGCAAAGAAAUCAUUUCAUGGUAAUAAACCAGAUCCUUCGGGAAGUUCCCAAAUAAACAAGGUUUUCAAGUUCAACACUGACCUUGGUCAGCAUAUUUUAAAGAAUCCACUCAUUGCACAAGGUAUUGUUGAUAAAGCAGAAAUUAAACCAUCCGAUGUUGUCCUUGAAAUCGGUCCAGGUACUGGUAACUUAACUGUCCGUAUCUUAGAACAAGCAAGAAAAGUUUACGCUGUAGAAGUUGAUCCUAAAAUGGCAGCCGAAUUAACCAAGCGUGUUCAAGGAACACCGCUGGAAAAGAAACUUGAAAUUAUCAUGGGCGAUUUUAUGAAAAUCAAAGAUUUACCAUAUUUUGAUGUCUGCAUUUCCAACACCCCUUACCAGAUCUCCUCUGGAAUUGUUUUCAGAAUUUUAGAAAUGCCUAGACCACCCAGAAUUGCUGUGUUGAUGUUUCAACGAGAGUUUGCAUUGAAUCUAACUGCUAGGCCAGGUGACACAUUGUACAAUCGUUUAUCAGCAAAUGCCCAAAUGUGGUCUAAUGUUAAACAUGUGAUGAAGGUUGGAAAAAACAAUUUCAGACCACCUCCAAAAGUUGAAUCCAGUGUGGUCAAAAUUGAACCAAAAAUACCAAAGCCAAACAUCGAUUACAAUGAAUGGGAUGGGCUAUUACGUUUUUGUUUCAACAGAAAAAAUAAGACUUUAGGUGCAAUUUUUAGAAAUAGUAAAAUCUUAGAAAUUCUAGAGAAGAACUAUAAGGCGUACCUUCAAUACUUGGGCGAACAAAGAGGGGAAAUGUUAUAUGAAGAUGAUGCGGAUUAUUCCACCAUUGUUAAGCAGAGUGUGGAGAAAGUAUUUGCAGAGACCGGUUUUGGUGAAAAGAGAUCAGCAAAAUUAGAUCAAACUGAUUUCCUAAAACUAUUAUAUGCGUUCCAUCAAGUUGGUAUUCAUUUUGCAUAG